UGCUCCUCAUUCACUCACAUGUGUUCGCUUGAGUUUGGCCAAUCAAAUGGUGUUUUCACACACGGAAAGACCCUUCACAUUUGUAGAAGAUGGCGACUGCUGAACCGAAAAAUUCAACAAAUCCACCAAAUAUAGGAGAAGAAAAAAACGCUGAAAAUACGCAAGUGAUUGUGAGUCUGGAAGAUUACAUUAAACAUCCUCUGCAGAACAGAUGGGCUCUUUGGUUCUUUAAAAAUGACAAAAGCAAAACAUGGCAGGCUAAUCUCCGUCUCAUCUCAAAGUUUGACACAGUGGAAGACUUCUGGGCGUUAUACAAUCACAUUCAGUUAUCAAGUAACUUAAUGUCAGGAUGUGACUAUUCCCUCUUCAAGGAUGGCAUUGAGCCCAUGUGGGAAGAUGAGAGAAACAAGCAGGGCGGCCGCUGGCUGAUCACCCUGUCCAAACAGCAGCGCAGAGCCGACCUGGACCGCUUCUGGUUGGAGACACUUUUGUGCCUUGUGGGAGAAGCAUUUGAUGACCACAGUGAUGAUGUCUGUGGUGCUGUCGUCAACAUCCGAACAAAGGGAGACAAAAUAGCGAUAUGGACGACAGACUACGAGAACAAAGAUGCUGUUGUACACAUAGGGCGUGUGUACAAGGAAAGAUUGGGUGUGCCACCAAAGGUCAUCAUUGGAUUCCAGUCACAUGCUGACACGGCCACCAAAAGUGGUUCCACCACCAAGAAUAUGUUUGUUGCUUAAGGAGCCUUUUAAACAGUGGGUACUUUUUGAUAUUAGCAAGAUUAUUCAUGCUAUAAUUUCAUUUCAGAUGCUGCAACAACAGUCUGAAUCUUUAUCAUAUUCAAAUCUUCAUUGAAAGAGAUAAAACUGUCCUGGGAUCUGACACUAAACAAAUUUAAGGCCUUCAGAUAUUUACAAAACUGUACAGUGUAUAAACGCAGCCACGUUCUAACAAAAAAAAUAAAAAUGUUUCUAUAUAUUAUUAGCAUAUAUUUCGCUUGUGGGGAUGGGAAGUGUAUUCAAUUCAAUUUAUGAAUGUUUUUCUUUUAUAUUCUGUUAAUCUUUUUAUUUUGAGUUGCAGUUACUAAAUCUUAAGUGUAAUUUAUUUAUAUUUUUUUACUCAAUACAUUUGUUUUUGCUUUGGGGUUAAUGUUCGAUUGAUGUGGAGUGGUCAUGAUAUUUCUAAUUACACUAUUAAAACUGUUCUUGUAUUGCAGCUUGAGAAUGUCAACGGUUAAUUCUUUUUAAAGACUUGUAUAAAUCUGUAUUUUUGCAGUCUUGUUCUACAUUCCUCAUGUAAAGUGUUCAAGGCAGUAUUUAGAAAACUGAUCUCCAAUUCUAACAUUUUCCUAAGGGGUUUCAUUGAGUAGCCUGAUAAAACGUAUAUAGAAACCCCUUUCUUGAAAAUGGGUGCUAAUGAAAAUGUAUGGAAAUUGAUUGUAAAUAAAAAUGUACAGUGCAUUGUCUAUAUCCAGUAAAGAGCCUCUGAAAUGCAUAUCUUGAUGAUAAAUAAAAAUCCUUUCUGAGA